AUGUCCACCCCUCAACUGCACCACGGCGAGGAGCACCAUGAUCUCGCUCCCAACCUCACAAACGUAACGACCAUCGAGAAGAAGGACCUCGAUGGGACCAUCACCGAACUCGGCGUGGACCACAGCCUUGGCCACAUUCGCGAUACGCAUGGUCUCAAGGGCGCAGUGACCAACGAGCGAGAGCUGCACCAAGGCUUCUCCAUCCCGUCGCUCUUGGCCGUGGCCAUCAUGUUGGGUGGCGCGUGGGCCAACCUCUUCAACACACUCGCGCAGACGAUUCUCUUUGGAGGGUCUGUUUUGCUCCUGUACGGCAUCUGGGUGACCGGCUUUGGAGCUAUUCUCAUUUACCUCUCGCUUGCCGAGUUUGCCAGUACCUGGCCCACAUCCUCGGGUCCACAGGAAUGGGCCUUCCAGCUCUUCCCGCGGCGAUUCAAGCGCUUUGCAUCGUACGGUGUCGCAUGGGCCCUGUCGUGCUUGUAUCUGUUCGCCACAAUGGGCUCGACCAUUAUCCUGGCCCGCCAGGUCAUCAGUCUCGCGGCGUUCAUGCACAAGGACUACGUGCCUACGGCCGCACACAUCUGGGCCGUCAACAUGGCCAUUCUCGUCGUCUGUGGCCUUAUCAACCUCUUUGGCGUCAAGGCGAUGGACCACCUCCAGAUCUUCAGUCUGGUCUGGUUCAUCUGCGGCUUCUUUAUCUGGCUCAUUGUGCCCAUCUCCCUCUCCCCCACCAAGGCCACGGCGGCAGAAGUCUUCACUGGAGAACUCAACCUCUCAGGAUGGAGCAACUUUGUCGCCUUCAUGAUUGGCCUGGCAGGUAUCAUGGCCGGCUAUGGCAUCCCCGACGCCGUCACCCAUCUCGCAGAGGAGACGAACCGCCCUGCCGUCGACCUUCCGCGCGUCAUGUGGCUGUCACCUGUUAUCUCGCUCGUAUCUGCCACCGCCAUGUGCCUCACCUUCCUCUUCUGUGGCGUUUCGCAGAUAACCAUGGCCCUCAACCAGACGGGAACACCCUACUUUGACUUUCUCGAGGCGACCGUCAAGAACCAGGCCGGCGUCGUCUGCAUGGCCGUCAUCCUCAUCUACUCGCAGUUUAUGGCCUGCUUCCAAUGCCAGCUUGCCUCGUCUCGUGUGAUAUUCACAUUCGCCCGUGAGGGUGGCGCUUUCCUGCCCAAGUGGCUCGGCUCCAUCCAAGGACGUUUGCAGGUGCCUGUCUGGGCUAUCCUCCUCAACGUCUUCUUCUGCGGCGCUCUUACCCUCAUCCUCCUCGGCUCAGAGACGGCCCUCAACGUCUUCCUCAACUGCACUGGAACGUUCGCACUGGUCGUCUACGUGCCCCUCAUUGUCAUGAGUCUGAUCAAGGGCCGCCGCUUCCCCCGCGGCGCAUUCUUCCUCGGGAAAUGGGGCUGGUUCGUCAACAUUGCCGCUGUCGUGUACAUGCUCUUUGUCGUCAUCUUCUUCCACUUUCCGUACUUCAAGAGGUGGACUCCCGAGUACUUCAACUACAACAUCGCCAUUGUUCCGGGCGUCAUGCUCAUUGGGCUGCUGUGCUGGUUCAUCUCCGGGCGCAAGCACUAUAUCAUCCACCGCAACAUGGACGAUGUCGAGGGUACCAUGUAG